CACCCCUGGGGCAGAAUCGAAAGUGAUCGCUCGGCGCGGGGCGGGGUCCCCGGGUGCGGCCGAAUGGGAUGUCAUUCAGCAGCGGUCGUGGACAGCGGCGGGGGCUCCGGAGGAAUCCUCCGCCCUGCCUGGGUGCCUGUGGCCCCUUCCCGUCCAGAGGAGCAGCUGAACCGGAGCGCCUCGACACCACCCACCACAGAGCCAGGCCAGGGCCCGAGAUGGGGUCCCCGGCAGGCGGCCCGGAGCGUGCCGGUCCCGCAGCUGAUGAGGGGCUGUCCCUGGCUGCCCUGCACGCACACGUGGACCUGUGUCUGGGCUGCUCCCGCUGCACCCAGCGCCUCAAUGAGAGCACCUACCUGCUGCGCAGUGGCGUGGAGCAUGACUGUCCCCAUGAGAUCCUGCUGGCCCGCUCCAAGCGUGAGGCCGAUCGCAAGACCUGGCGGCGGGUGGGCCGGAGGCCCAGCUUCCCACGGCCGGCACGCUACGCCGUGUGCCGCUACUACAGCCCCGGACGAGGCUGCCGUCACCACCACAACCAGUGCACCUUCGCCCGCAGCCCCGAGGAGGCGCUGGUCUGGACCUUCGAGCGUGGACACGGCGUCUCCCGCCUGAGGCUGAAGUUCGCGGUGCAGAGCAGUGGCGCUGGGGCCCCUGGCAGCCCGCCUAGUCCUGCUGCCACCAUCCGGGCUGAGUUUGGAGGCCGUUUCCAGCUGCUCUGCUCUGGCUGCUUCCGGCGCCGCCCGCCGCGCCUCUGCCCUGUGGAUGCUGGGGGCCGGUGCCCGGAGCACGGAGCCUGCCGCCCGCUCAUGGCCCACGUGAGCACCGGCCACAGCAAGCAGCAGUUUGUGGAGGUGCGGCCGCAGCCCAAUCGCAGGCAUCCGCUGGCCUACUGCAGGUUUGUGGCGAGGGGGCGGCCGUGCCGGCAUGGGGCAGCUUACUGCCAGUAUGCCCACAGCGACGUGGAGAUGGCGGUGUGGAAGGCCGAGCAGCAGAGCGGGCUGCAGCGCAGAGACCUGCUCUCACCCCACGAUCCUGAGGGCAGCGGGAGUACCGUCCCCUUGGGCCAAACCCCCAAGCUCCAGCUGUACUGCCGCGCCUGCCUGCUCACCUGCUGCUCCCAGGAGGCCUUUGAGAACCAUUGCGCGUCCCCGGAGCACGCCCGGAUGGUGGCUUUCGACCCAGCUGUGCCCUGGGAGCACCGCGCCCCGCCUAUGGGGCUCUCCCGGUUCCAGCUCUGCCCCAGCCCCGACAUCUGCGAGUAUGGGGACGCCUGCACGAAGGCUCAUUCAGCACAGGAGCUGCAGGAGUGGGUGCAGCGGGCACAAGCGGUGGAGCUGCGGAAGCAGGAGGCCUGGCAGGAGGGGCUGGUGUCCUAUCAGGCUCGGCUGCUGGAUGAAUACCAGCGCAGCAGCAGCGAAGUCCUUGUGCUGGCUGAGACUGUGGAUGGCGUGUCGGUCUCCUGCGACCAGCUCCUGGUGCGUGAGGCCAAAGGGAGGACUGCCCAGCAUUGCUGGACAUUUGACAUCCACUCGGAGGACCCCCUGCUGCACGUGGCUCUCCUCAAGCUGGAACUGGGAGCCGACUUCUCAUUGGUGACCCGCGGGCCGCGGCACCCGGGCCAGCUCUAUGCCGAGGGGGAGCACUUCCGCGUGCCUGGCUCCCCGGCCCACUUCCAGGUGGCGGUGCACGUGCAGGGAGCCUCUUUCGGCACCUUCGAACAGUGGGUGGUCUUUGACUUUGGACGCCGGCCGGCGCUGCUGCGAAAGCUGGGACUGCGGCUAGGCCGGGUUUGCGGCCCAGGGCUCCCGGGGGACCCAGCGCCCACCCCCCCCCAGGAGCUGGAGCGCUGGCACACGGGCAACCGCCAGGUAGUGCCCAGCGUGGAGCGGACCGCUGAGCAGGCAGCCCUGAUGGCCAAGUACAAGACACCCGCCCUGGCCCUGGAGUUCAGCCCCAGCGGCCGCGUCCACGGGCCCCUCACCUGUGCCAACUACCGGCAGCGGAUGCAUCAGUUUCUCUACGAGGAAGAGGCGGCGCGGCAGCGGCUGGUGGCCAAGCUGAACCUGCGAGCCCAGGUGUCCCUGAAGACGGUGCUGCAGACACCUGCCGUGGGCCUGCUGCUCGCACCGUCCGGGUCACUCUACGCCGAGGUCACCCUGCCCACCUCCCUGAUGCCAGAUACGGACCAGGGCUUCCUGCUGGGCCGGGCGGUUAGCACAGCCCUGGUGGCUCCUGUGCCGGCACCUGACGACACAGUGUUCGAGGCGCGCCUGGAGGCCCGGGCCAGCUCCCAGCAGGUGCUGUGGUUGCUGCUGUCAGCCCACUGUUGUGCGGCCCUGGGGCUGCAGCCGGAGACCAGUCCUGUGCUGGAGAUACAGUUCCAGGUUGACCCACUGACCUUCCGCCUCUGGCACCAGGCGGUGGAUGAGCUGCCUGAGGCACAGCUGGUGCUGCCCCAUCUGCCAGCCUGUGCCCCACCCUGCCCACGCCCUGUCCCAGCCGCCCUACGCGGCAACAGAAAGCAGAAGCUGGCCAUGGCGCUCAUCUCUGGCGGCCCUGGGGGCCCGAAGCCCAUCCCCCCACUGCUCAUCUAUGGUCCCUUCGGCACUGGCAAGACCUACACCUUGGCCAUGGCCUCCCUGGAGGUCACCCGGCAGCCCCACACCAAGGUGCUCAUCUGCACACACACCAACAGUGCGGCUGACAUCUACAUCCGGGAGUACUUCCACGGCCAUGUCAGCAGCGGCCACCCCGAGGCCACACCGCUCCGGGUGAUGUACACGGACCGCCCUCCGAGCCAGACGGAUGCAGCCACGCUGCGGUACUGCUGCCUGACCGAGGACGGCCGGGCCUUCCGCCCACCGACUCGGACCGAGCUGCAGCGGCACUGUAUCGUGGUCACCACCACCUCCCAGGCAUGCGAACUCAGGGUGCCUGCCGGCUUCUUCUCGCACAUCCUUAUCGACGAGGCAGCCCAGAUGCUGGAGUGCGAGGCCCUGACCCCACUACGCUACGCCACGCCCCACACUCGCAUAGUCCUGGCGGGCGACCACCUGCAGGUCACACCCAAGCUCUUCAGCGUGGCCGGCAGCCAGGCGGCAAGUCACACGCUGCUCAACCGCCUGUUCCUCCACUACCAGCAGGAGACGCACGCGGUCUCCCGGCAGAGCCGUGUCGUCUUCCAUGAGAACUACCGCUCCACCCAGGCCCUGGUGGCCUUUGCCUCUCGCCACUUCUACCUGGCCCAGGGCAACCCCAUCCACGCCAGCGGCCGGAUCCCUCGCCACCCCCAGCACUACCCACUCAUGUUCUGCCAUGUGGCAGGUACCCCUGAGCGGGACAUGUCUCAGACCUCCUGGCUCAACCCGGCCGAGAUCCUCCAGGUGGUCGAGAAGGUGCGGGAGGUUUAUGACACCUGGCCCCCCUGCUGGGGUGGCCGGGAGCAGCAGCACAUCUGCGUAGUGUCCCACGGCGCCCAGGUCGGCGCCCUGAGGCAGGAGCUCAGGAGAAAGAACCUGGCCGAGGUGUCUGUGGGCAGCUUUGAGAUCCUGCCAGGGCGGGAGUUCCGGGUGGUGGUGCUGAGUACCAUCCACACCUGUGACAGCCUGCGCGGCCCCGGAGUGACAAGCAUGGAAUUCUUCAUGGAGGCCCGCGUGCUCAACACCAUCAUGACAAGGGCCCAGUCGCAGGUGGUGGCCGUGGGCGAUGCGGUGGCCCUCUGUUCCUUCGGGGCCUGCAGCAGACUGUGGAAGAGCUUCAUCCGGGAGUGCGUGGAGCACGGCAGCGUCUGUCCCCAGGGGCUCUCGCUGGAGCAGAUUGAGCAGGGUGUGGCUCAGGUGCAGCGCUGGCCCCCUGGGGGCCGGCCAGCAGCAGCCCUCGGAGCAGAGAGGGCUGGGGCGGCCCCGGAGAACACGGCAACAGGGGAGCCCCCACUGGAGCGUGCCACAGCCAAGGAGGGUGCAGCUACACCAGAGACCACGGCCGCAGGGGAGGAGAGGACAGUGGCAGGGGAUGCAGCAGCAGGCGCAACAGCCACAGGGCCAGUGGCUGGAGGGAGCCCAGCUGCCGAGGAGGCGGCCACGGUGAAAGUAGAGGCGGGGGCCACGGCCGAUGGGGAGACAGUGCUUGAGGACCCUGAGGACUCUGGGUCUGAUUUCUGGCCGUUGGACGGGGAGCUCAAUGCCGACGACUCCAUCCUGAAGGAGCUCCUGGACGAGAGCCGGAAUGUGACGGUGACCGUUCGAGAGGAUGGGCUGUUGGACACUGUGGCCGGGCCCACGUUGGCGCACCAGGCCCACCAGUACGUGAACCUGCCCCCUGCCAAGCUCCGAAGGCUGCUCCGAGCUGAGCCUGAGACAUACCGCCGCUGCACCUUCCUGCGGGAGACCUUCGAGCGGGCGACGGCUGUGGCGCUGGAUGGUGCAGGGCCCGGCACCUUCCAGGUCAAAGGCCGCCUGAACUGCGGCAUGGCCUUCACAGGGGAUGAGGUGCUGGUGCAGGUCCUGCACAAGGCUGGCGACGAUGAGGUGCCCGUGGGCCGGCCACAGGGCCGCGUGCUGGGCGUGCUGAAGCGCUGCCGACGAGAGCUGGUCUUCGUGUGCAGGAUGGACACGUGGGAUCCCCGCAUCAUGGUCCCCAUCGACAACUCUGUGACCAAGAUCUUCGUGGCUGAACUGAAGGACCCACAGCUGGUGCCUAUCCACCGCCUGCUCCGGGGCCGCGUGCAGCACGUGGGGCAUGAGAGGCUGUUGGGCGCAGCGCGGCACACGCGGCUCUUCCGGGUUCGAAUCGUGCUGUGGAGGGAGCGCUUCUACUACCCGCUGGGCAUCGUCCUGGAGGUGCUGCCCGAGACUACCACCUGGGACCGGUGCCUGCGUGUACUUGACCUGGAGUACGGCCUGCAGGAGCCCUCGCCGGACCCGGCUGCCAUCGCCAAGGUGCUGCAGAGGUACCGCUUGGAGCUCAGCCGUGCACCUGGCCAGCGUGAGGACUGCCGCGGCUUCCUGACCUUCACUGUGGACCCCCAGGGUGCCUGCAACCUGGACGAUGCCCUCAGCGUCCGGGAUCUGGGCCCCCAGUAUGAGGUGGCCGUGCACAUUGCCGAUGUGGCCACCCUCCUGCCCCGGGACAGUGCACUGGACGUGGAGGCCCGCCGGCAGGGCACCGCCUUCUACGCGCCUGACCGCGAGCCGGUCCCCAUGCUGCCGGCCAGCCUGUGCCAGGAUGCGUUCAGCCUCCUGCCGGGUCAGGACCGCCUCGCCAUCUCUCUCUUCCUCACCAUCGAGAAGAGCAGCGGCCAGCUGAGCGGCCAGCGAUUUGCCCCUUCUGUGGUCCGCUCCACCUGCCAGCUAUCCUACGAGGAGGCCGAGCAGAUGAUCCGGUCGCAUCCCGGAGCCGACCAGGAGCUGCCGCCCUGCCUGGACUCGGUGGACGCCUGCGUCGUGGCCGCGUUCCACUUCUCCCAGACCCUGCGCCAGUGUCGCCUGGGCGGCGACUGCCAUUACGAGCAGCCGAGCGAGGACAGUGUGCUGGGCUUCCGCGCGGCCCACACCAUGGUCAAGGAGUACAUGGUUCAGUUCAACAGCAGCGUGGCUGAGUUCCUGGUGGGCAGCGACCAAACACAGACGGUCACGCCCCUGCGGUGGCAGCCGGCGCCCAGCAGCACCCAGCUGGACACCCUGAGCAAGAAGCACUGUGGGCUGGUCCCUCUGUCGCUGCACCUCCGCCAGCAUCUGCAUGGCCACACCCUCCCCAACACAAGGCUCUGCCUGCUGGCCUCGCUCUGGAGGCAGCUGCAGCUGGCCGCCCAGGCCCAGGACUUUGGCCAGAUGGUGGACCUCAUCACCACCGAUGACCUGCACCCCUCGCUGGCCCCUGCCUGCUUUGAGCUCUGCAAGGCCCUGGGCCGCUCAGCGUUCGGCCGCUCCAGCCUUGGUGAGCAGCAGCCGGCUGCCCAUCACUCGCUGCAGGUAUCCUGGUACGCGUGGGCGUCCUCCCCCAUCCGCCGGUACAUGGAUGUGGUGCUGCAGAGGCAGGUCCUGCUGGUGCUGGGCCUCGGCGGGCCCACCUACUCGGCCAAGGACAUCGACGGGCUCUGCCGAGACUUUGGACGCCAGCAUGCACGCGCCCAGAGCUACCAGCGCCGGGCCUACAGCCUGCGCCUGGCCUCACACCUCCAGGCCCAGCCUCGGGACAAGCUGGGCUUGGCCGUAGACGUGGAGGCAGGCGCCCGUUGCUUCCGGGUGCUCUUCCCCGCGGACCGAGAGAGCCUGCCUGAGCCCUGCCCCGUGCACCACCGUGGCCUGCAGCUGGCCGAGCCCCCCCGGCCCCUGGAGGGCCUGCCCGGCCUGCUGCUCCGGUGGCGUCGCCGCAUCUACUCAGUGCUGGACGAUGGGCAUUGUGCGCCACGGCCCGGCACCCUGCUCGACCAGCAUACUCAGCCCAUGGACCCGGUGCUGUGGCGGAGGCUGCUGGAGCUUGUGGAACAGCAGCGCUGGCCGGAGGCGGCCACCCUGGUCCGGGAGCAGGGUGCCAAGGAGUCACAGCCACGGGAGCUGGGCUGGGUGGCACGGAGCCCCUGUGGGCACUUCGUGGAGGUGGUGCGGGAGCUUGGCCGCGGGGACGUGCUUCAGGUGCAGCUCGGUGCCUCCUUGCAGCGCGGCAUCCUGGUGCCGGCCCUGCAGGUGUGGACUGCAGCACCUGGGCUCAGCCUGUGCUUAGAGCACGUGGAGAAGCCUGGAAACUGCUUCUCAGGCUGCGUGCCCCAGCCGGCGCCGGACCGCUUCGCCAACCUGGACGAAUAUGCUGGCGUGUGGGGCCCGUUCUGUGCCCUGGAGUCGGCCACCAGCGCGGUGGCCGAGAAUGACUCCAUCACUCUGCAGCAAGUGGGCAUAUGCUGGGACAAGGAGCGGACACCACGGGGGCAGCUGCAGGGUACCUUCUGCCUGGACGCCGCCUUCCUCCAUAAGCACAGCAUCGACGUCAGCUUUGGCUACUGCUACCUCUGCAUCCAGCUCGGGGGGCUGCCAGCGCCACCCAACGCUGGGGAGCCCCCCACCAGCCUUGGCCCGCACCUGAGCAUCGACCCCAACACCUACACCUGGGUGGCUCACGGGCUGACUAAGGAGAGGGACGUGGAGGAGGGCCCGGCGGGCCAGCGUGAAGCCCCCGGGCAGGUGCACUUCUAUGUCCACCACAUAACCACGGAGAAGGUUCCGGAAGAGGUGUUGAGACCCGGCACCCUCUUCACCAUCGAGGUGCUGCCUAAGCAGCUUCCAGACCUACGCAAGGAAGAAGCAGUACACAAGCUGAAGGAGGCGUCCCCACUGGUCGUUAGCAUUGCCCUGGGCCUGCCCAUCCCCCGGCCCCCCCACCGCCCCCCGAGACACCCUCCUGGCCAGCAGCCCCACCACAGAGUGGCCCCCAGCAGCCUCCUGAAGCGGCAGACCUAUGACAUCCCUGGAGGCCGCCACAAGCUGAACCCCAGCCAGACCGGGGCUGUGCGGGAGGCUCUCAGGAAGCAGUUCACGGUCAUCCAGGGCCCUCCAGGCACCGGGAAGACGGUCGUGGGCCUACACAUCGUGUUCUGGUUCCACAAGUCCAACCAGGCGCUGGUGCCUGCAGGCAACAGGCAGAGCGUCCCCUGCAUCUUGUACUGCGGCCCCUCCAACAAGUCGGUGGAUGUCCUGGCAGGGAUGCUCCAGAGCUGGAGGGAGGAGCUGAAGCCCCUUCGCGUGUACAGUGAGCAGGCUGAGGCCACCGAGUUCCCCGGGCCAAGCCUGGGCAGCAAGAGCCUGCCCAGGAAGACCCCUCGGGAGGGAAAGCCAAACCGGAACCUCAGGAACAUCACCCUGCACCAUCGGAUCCGUCAGGCCCCCAACCCGCACGCAGAGGCCCUCAGGGCAUUUGACAGCCGGGUGCAGGAAGGGAACAUCUUCUCUGAGGAGGAUGUCACUGUGUACAAGAGUACGCUUAAGAAGGCGCGGCAGUUCGAGCUGAGCCAGCACACGGUCAUCCUGUGUACCUGCUCCUGUGCGGCCUCGGUCAGCCUCAGGAAGCUGAACAUCCGGCAGGUCCUGGUCGAUGAGGCGGGCAUGGCCACGGAGCCCGAGACCCUCAUCCCUCUGGUGCACUUCUCCAAGGCUGAGAAGGUGGUGCUGCUGGGGGACCAUAAGCAGCUGCGGCCAGUGGUCAAGAGUGAGCACCUGCAGAACCUGGGGCUGGAGCGCUCCCUUUUUGAGAGGUACCACGCUGACGCCUACCUGCUGGACACGCAGUACAGGAUGCACAAGGACAUCUGCGCCUUCCCCUCCACGGAGUUCUACAAGCGCAAACUGAAGACCUGGCAGGGCCUGCGGCGGCCACCCAGUAUCCUGGGCCACGCAGACAGGGAGAGUUGCACGGUCAUCUUUGGACACCUGCAGGGCUGUGAGCAGAGCCUGCUGGUGUCCACGGAUGAAGGGAACGAGAAUUCCAAGGCCAAUCUGGAGGAGGCGGUGGAGGUGGUCCGCAUCGCCAAGCAGCUGACUCUGGACAGGACAGUGAACCCCAAGGACAUCGCCAUCCUCACGCCCUACAAUGCACAGGUGGCCGAGAUCACCAAGCGGCUUCUGCAGGAGGGUGUCACUGGAGUGACCGUGUCCUCCAUCACCAAGAGCCAGGGGAGCGAGUGGCGCUACGUGCUGGUGAGCACUGUCCGCACGUGCCCCGAGGGUGAAAUUGACCAGCGGCCCACCAAGAGCUGGCUCAAGAAGUUCCUCGGCUUCGUAGUGGACCCCAACCAAGUGAACGUGGCCAUCACCCGCGCCCAGGAGGGGCUCUGCCUCAUUGGCAGCUCUGGCCCCGGGAAACAGACCUCUCUGUCUGGGUGCAAGCCCACCUGCCUCUGCCUGAAGAGCCACCGCCGCGUGUCCGCGGGUGCUGUGCUUUGUUUACGUGAGCGGUGGGCCUCCCCCUGCCACGUGCUGCAGGCCCCGAUCAACUUCUACAUUCCAGCCCUUGUACCUCUCAGACUGCACUGUGACUGAAUACAACUUUUAUCAUAAAGGCAAUACUGAAAGCCCUUUCUGCUCCUCGUGGUUUGAGAUCUCAUGGGUGGCAAUGAGGGGGGUCCUUCCUCUUGCUUUGGGGCUGGGACACAGCCAUUGAGAUCCUCUAGAGCCAACUGUGGAUGACAUGCUGGACAUGCAGGGACGGGGAGGGUGGUGUCACUGUUGCACAGCUGAGGACACAGGGUCUGAGGGUUGUCUGU